AGGACUACUCCACAACUAAAGCAGAUCUGGUCUCAGGAAGAGGACAGCUGACCUGAAAAACUUCACUGAGCCCGAACAUUGAAAAUGGAAGUGGUUAAGCAGAAAGUACAAACAGAGAAGGCCCAGAUUACAGACUGUGAUCUGUCUGAGAAGAUAAAGACUGUGACUAAGGAAAGUCACGUCCGAGCCAAUAACACAGAGCUGAUGCAAGCCUUCCAGAGGGGAAACAUCACUCUGAUUCAGUAUAAGCUCCUGUUGUGCUCCUUGUAUAAGAUCUACGAAGCUCUGGAAGAGGAACUGGACAGGAACGCCUCUCACGACAGCGUCGCACCAAUUUACUUCCCUCAGGAACUGGCCAGGACAGAGACGCUCAUGAAAGAUCUGGAGCACUUUUAUGGUCAGGACUGGAGAGAGAAGUUGUUCAUACCGGCCUCUACAUUGAGAUACACUCAGAGAUUGAGAGAGAUUGGUAGCGAGCAUCCUGAAUACCUCGUGGCUCACGCUUACACUCGCUACUUAGGUGACCUGUCAGGUGGCCAGGUGCUGAGCCGUGUUCCCCAAAGGUCUUUAGGACUGAAGAACGGAGAGGGCUUGGCGUUCUUCACGUUUCCCGCUGUCAGCAGCCCGAAUCUGUUCAAGCAGCUGUACAGAAGCAGGAUGAACAGCAUCGAGCUGACGGAGACACAGAGAGAGGGAGUGCUGGAGGAAGCCAUCAGAGCCUUCGAGUUCAACAUCCAGGUGUUUGAUGAACUCCAGAACUUGGUGAACAUCUCAGAGAAGAAUGAGUUGAGGCAGAGACAUAAAGAACACAACCUCAAGACUCCAGAUGUCAGAGUGAGCCAGAGCUCAGCGCCAUCCUCCUCACUGACGUCUCCGUCUCAGCUGCUCAGGAUGCUGCUCGGAGUGUGUUUAGCUUUGGCAGUCGGAAUGGGAAUGUAUGCAUUUUAAAUCGAGUGACUGUAUUACGUGUUUUUAUUUAUUUAUUCAACUCAGCCAGUUCAACUCACUUUGUAUAAUGCACCAGAUAUUAGUGAUUAGUGCUAAUUUUCUUUCUCUAAGCUGUUAGUGGGUGUACCUUAUAGUUUGUCUUUCUUUAAAUCAUGGUGAGAAACCAGAAACACAGAGUAAGGUUUAAAAUGAGCCCGGGUUACUACAUUAUGUAACAAAGUAGGACAGAAAGCCGUUAAAGUUCUUUCCCACCCCUGUACUUCCUGUAAAUACCUGGAAGACAUAACUUCCAAACAAAAUAAAAAAUAAUAAAUAAAAGGAGUUCUA